GGCAGGGACUCCUGGGCACCCCUCUGCAUGCACCUGCGGCAUGACCUUGGGUCUGGCUCCUAAGAAGACGGCCCUGGCCGAGGCCCCAUCGACGGCCGGGCAGCCGGGCCCUGGGCACGGGAAGAAGCUGGGCCACCGCGGCGUGGACGCGUCUGGAGAGACCACGUACAAGAAGACCACCUCCUCCACUCUGAAGGGAGCCAUCCAGCUGGGCAUCGGCUACACCGUGGGCAACCUGAGCUCCAAGCCGGAGCGCGACGUGCUCAUGCAGGACUUCUACGUGGUCGAGAGCAUCUUCUUCCCCAGCGAAGGCAGCAACCUCACCCCUGCCCACCACUUCCAGGACUUCCGCUUCAAGACCUACGCACCUGUCGCCUUCCGCUACUUCCGGGAGCUCUUCGGGAUCCGGCCAGACGACUACCUGAACCUGAACCAGAACCCGCGCACGCUGCUGCCCAAGUUCUACGGGCUGUACUGCGUGCAGUCGGGCGGCAAGAACAUCCGCGUGGUGGUGAUGAACAACAUCCUGCCCCGCGUGGUCAAGAUGCACCUCAAGUUCGACCUCAAGGGCUCCACGUACAAGCGGCGGGCCAGCAAGAAGGAGAAGGAGAAGAGCACCCCCACCUACAAGGACCUGGACUUCAUGCAGGACAUGCCCGACGGGCUGCUGCUGGACGCCGACACCUUCAGCGCCCUGGUCAAGACGCUGCAGCGCGACUGCCUGGUGCUGGAGAGCUUCAAGAUCAUGGACUACAGCCUGCUGCUGGGCGUGCACAACCUGGACCAGCAGGAGCGCGAGCAGCAGGCCCAGGGCGCCCGCAGCGCCGCCGACGGCAAGCGGCCCGCCGGCCAGAAGGCACUCUACUCCACCGCCAUGGAGUCCAUCCAGGGCGGGGCGGCGCGCGGAGAGGCCAUCGAGUCGGACGACACCAUGGGCGGGAUCCCGGCCGUGAACGGUCGCGGGGAGCGGCUGCUGCUGCACAUCGGCAUCAUCGACAUCCUGCAGUCCUACAGGUUCAUCAAGAAGCUGGAACACACCUGGAAGGCCCUGGUCCACGACGGGGACACGGUCUCCGUGCACCGGCCCAGCUUCUAUGCCGAGCGCUUUUUCAAGUUCAUGAGCAACACGGUCUUUCGGAAGAACUCCUCCCUGAAGUCCUCGCCGUCCAAGAAGGGGCGCAGUGCCCUGCUGGCCGUCAAGCCCCUGGGGCCCACGGCCGCCUUCUCGGCCAGCCAGAUCCCCAGCGAGCGGGAGGACGCGCAGUAUGACCUUCGGGGGGCCCGCAGCUACCCCACGCUGGAGGACGAAGGCCGGCCCGACCUCCUGCCCUGCACGCCGCCUUCUUUCGAAGAAGCCGCGCUCCCUGUUGACGAGAAAGCCACUACAGCUUCCAUCGCCACAACCCUGUCCUCCACCUCUCUCUCCAUCCCGGAGCGGUCACCCUCGGAGACGUCCGAGCAGCCGCGGUACAGGCGGCGCACGCAGUCAUCCGGACAGGACAGCCGGCCCCAGGAGGAGCCACACGCGGAGGAGGACCUGCAGCAGGUGACGGUGCAGGUGGAGCCCACGUGCAGCGUGGAGAUUGUGGUCCCCAAGGAGGAGGACGCGGGGUGAGUGUGGGCAGGGCGGUCCGCGUGCACCCCCAACCAUCGGGCC